CUCUCCUGUGGUCUCCUAAUAUUGCUGUCACUGAACCCCAGCACAUCGCAGCACCAACCAUUCGACAGAAUGAGGCCGUCACAGCCUUUGAUGAUGCGGCUGCGGCUGACGACCAAACAGGUCAAUGGAGGCUACUACAAAGGAACGAGGUCCGGAUCAAUGGGGUUUUUCAACAAACACGGCGAGUACGUUAUCGAUUACCGCAAAGUGCGAACAUACGCUGUUCCCGAAAAUCUCAAGGAUUUCAAGCUCACUCCGUUUGUCACAAAAACAUUCUCCAAGACGCCUUCGAAGUACAAGACCCCUUUGAUGACGGGGAAAGACUACCUGGAGAUAUGGAAAACUCGAAACUAUACAGAAUACGAGAGCAUGUUGCGAUCGGGUGAAACAGCGGAAAACGGAUCAGAGAAGUAGACGGGUUGACUUUCAACGAACUGGGAAGGGUCCAGAGACACUAAAAGAGAAAGAAUCACCCAAACAACCUCACACACGUUUCGUAAUACGAGAUACCCUCGUAUUACUUCCACCGAUGAUCGAGCAACAAGAGGACCUUUCAUGACGUGCCUGGCAGAAAGAAGCUGAGCCGGAUUUAUUUGGAGACCAGGGUCCUUGUUUUAUACCACUCAAAGCAGGUGGAGUUAUAGGAACCAGGCAGCAUGCAUAUGUACAUUAAUUUCCUGACAAGAAAUACACUAUUUAUUACAAUAAUAAAACAAA